AACGCGUUGCACGCGUGUUGGCACCCGCCACGGCGCACUGAUCGAUUUGCGCCUUGAUGCCUUGAAUUCCCAGUGUCCUCUUUGAGUGACGACGGCAAUCGCCUGCCCUUUUGAGCCCAAUCGAUAAGCUUAUCGUCACAAUGGCCGAUUUCAACGAACAAAAGACCCCUCUGACCCUCGCCAACGUCCAGGCAUGGGCGCGAUAUGAGUUUCCAGAGGCCUUCAAAGCGUUGCCACGCGCUUCGAGAGUCUCGUAUAUUGAUAUUGACGACACAUCGUUCAAUCGUGUGAUCCAGAGAUCGCUCGGUCGCUCAACACACAAGAAACUGCUCGUGAUUGGCGAUUACGCCCCAGGCGACGAUGUCGAGGAUUCCAAGGUUGUCGCACACGUCCAUGAACACGAUACAGAGAUUACCUUCUAUCGCCUGAGUGAAGAGAUCGUUGAAGGCAAACCGGAAUUACAUCCUGUUCGCGCUACAAGCAACGUGGCCUUCUACUCGCCUUUCAGCAAAGUCGGUGACGACACCGGUGGUUCCAAGGCUAUUCAUCGAGUUUCAGCCGUUAUUUUGUACUACUUUCUGGCCUCAGAACUUGUCAACGAGCUAGUAAGACACAAGAACGACUCCAGAUGGUUCGCCAAGAACUUCAGAGAAGCUUGUGACUGGGUCGGCAAUGACGGCGACCGGCCAUCCACAGCAUCAAGGCCUGGUACUGCACGUCGAGAAAGCGACAAGGACAGCAGUUUUGAGUUACCAACUAAGAUUAAACGGGAGAGGGAGGAGUACGCGCCACAGGGAACUCGUAAGUGCAAGGGCUACCCCUUCCCCUAUCGCAAUUGCUGACCUUGAGUAGCUAAACCUAAACGCAUUAAUCAUUCGCGAAAGGCUUCACAAGUAUCAGAAAGCGUGCCAUCACCGGCGGUUGAGUUCUUUUC